CAUUUUUAUUAUCUUUUCUCUUGCUUGAUACAAACAAGUCGAAUUGUCAAAGAUUGUGAUUUGAUUUAGCAACAAAUAAGGAUAGUGAUUAAAGAUGGCAGCCCAAGCAGAAGAAGUGAUGCAACUGAAGGCUGAAGAUUUGGAUGAGGAUAGUGAAGAGGAAGAAGAAGGGGAAGGGGAAGAAGAUGAAAAUAACGAAGAGGAAGAGGGGGAGGGAGAAGAGGAACCAGAGACAAACCAAGUCAAAGAGCAAUCAACAUUUACUUAUCGAUGUGUCAUUUGUGAUGAAAAAUUCGAGUCCGAUUCAGAUUUUCACAAACAUCGAAUAAACCACGAUCGAUGUCCACAAUGUCAACAAAUUUUCCUCUGUCAUAAAGAAUUAAUCAUUCAUCUUUCACUUCACGCUGUCGAGGGUAACAUUUGCCUGUUCUGUCGUAAAAUCUCCAACACCAAAGAAUCAUUUGAUGCCCAUCUUAAAGCGCAUCGUCAACAUUUCAAAACACUGGAUUGUCAAGUUUGUGGCAUGAAAUUCCUAACGUCGGAAGAAUUCAAGAUCCAUAUUUGUCGUAAGAGAACGCCUGAAGAAUUGGCAGUGGCUGCUCCAAGAGGUGAUAAGAGAGCCACUGUCACAAGCGCCGGAUCUGGGAAGAAUGAUUCACCUGCUAAAAGAAUCAAAGUAGAAGGUGCAGAUGACAGCGGUAACAGAUUAGCAGAUUGUAGUGACGUUAAAAUUGAGAAUCUGGAAGAUGAGGCAGCUGGAGGGGAUUUGAAGAUAAAGCAAGAACCAGAUGCUGAUAAACCGUUUAAAUGUGGUUACUGUGCGGAACCGUACGCCACUAGUAAUGAAUUAUGUACUCAUAUGACAAAAGCUCAUCCUGACAAACUUUCAUAGACAUUUUUAGUGUCAACUUUUAAAUUCUGGUUUCUUAAAAACUUUACGAUGAUAAUAUCAAAAAUAUAAGGAACUUGGUUUCAAGAACACUUACUUAACAUUAAAAUCAUGAAGAAACUAAGUUUCUCAAAAAUGUUACUCAAUGUAACAAGAUUUUAUGAAUACAAUAAUUUGAUUGUUUUAUGAUUUCAUCUCGUUUUUUUUUUUAUUAGUUUUUAUUUUUAAUAUAGCCGCUGUAGGGUCUAACAACCAGAGUCUUGAACAAUCGUCAAAUUAACCUUUUGACCUAACCUGCUUAAAUGAAUCAAAUGUACCCUUCUCAAAUGUUGGUGUCAAAAGGUUAAUUUGACCAAUGUUCAAGGCUCCAGUUGUUAGAACCCACUGUGAAGUGGCUAUGCUAAAACUAAAAACUAAUAAUAGAAAAAUGAAAGGAGACUGGGUUGAUAAUGUAAAUUUAAGAUCAAUCUGUCUAAUAUGACAGAUUUAGAGAAUCUGUCUCCAGGGCUUUGUGAAUUAUCAAAAUACUUGGAUGUCUGAUUUUUAAAUAUCUGAUAUCAUUUCCCAAAAUUUGGUCUUGAUUUGGGGAUUUACGGGAACAAUAUGGACAUCAAGAAGUUAUUUUUGUUCCUAUUACGAUAUAACUAGUCUUAUUAAUGAUUAGUCAGACAUGACUGGCUAAAAUAAACCCAAUCAAAACAGUCUUGUUAUAAUAGAUCUUGAUUGAAUACAAGAAUUUGACCACCCUC